AUGCCUUCACAACGACCGUAUUUCCUCUCUUCUUUCCUCGCCGCCUUCCGUCCUCAAGGCCCCUCUAUCUCUACUACCUCUCAACAUCAACAUCAGCCAAACAAGCACACCCGAGAUACAACGACGACCACAGCUGCCACAGCAACUGCAGCAAGCACAACUGCGACUUCUACCUCUACGUCACAUCAUCAUCAGUCUCAGCAACAACCAACCACUUCCAGUGUCGCCAUCCGUCCACCCCGAAACACCACUUCUUCCUCACCGUCAACAUCAACAUCUCCCGUCAACGGCACCGCCAUUCCUAUUCCUGGAUCAUCUGGUCGACGUGGGAGCGAUAGCAGCAGUGAAGGGUUCCGCGAUGUGAUAGGUGCCGACAAGUGGUACAUCGGUGGGCGCACACCCGGCGGUGAAGAGAAAUUCUUCAAGCUUGGCGUCAUCCGCCGUGUGAGAAGUAAUGAUGGCUUAAGUUUAGAUCGUCUAAGCUUAUAA